GCAGCUGAGAGUCCAGAAGAGUGGUGAAGGCUGGGCUUGACAGUCUCAGCUCUCCUCUUGUGUGUGUGUAAACUUGAAGGAGAAAGUGAGCAGAAAGCCUUUUGGGUGACCCAAGAUACACAGUGUGAAUGGUGAAGAUGGGAGUAGAAGAUACUGCCUGUUAAGAACUGGAGUCUGUUUUGAAGUUGGGAAGACAAAGUAUUCAAAGCGCAGAAAUAUGGGAGCUGAAGAAGAAAUGCUUAUCACUCUGUCUGGAGGUACCCCCUGGGGCUUCCGGCUGCAAGGGGGUUCAGAGCAGAAAAGACCCCUUCAAGUAUCAAAGAUCCGAAAGAGAAGCAAAGCAUGCCGUGGAGGCCUGUGGGAAAACGAUGUGCUAGUGUCUAUCAAUGGAAAGUCAUGUGCUGGCCUCUCACAUGCUACUGCCAUGCAGAUCAUCGAUUCCUCCAACGGCAUGCUCAACAUCCGUGUGAAAAGGAUAGUUGGUGGGGACCAGACCGGCCCAUGGCUCCAGCGCUCCCCUUCUCCAGGGCAGCGAGUGCUCUCCCCACCAGCUCCACUCAGCCCCCCAGCACAGCUACUCAGCCCUGAACCGGCAGGAGCCCCAGCCACCACACAGCCCUCACAGCCAAGAAGGUCACAGAGGCACCUGGAGAGCCUCACCUCUCCGCCAGACAGUGAGGCCUACUAUGGCGAGACAGACAGCGAUGCUGACAACAUGGCCCAGGAGAAGCAUCGCCGGGCUCGCAAGAAGAGCCCGCGCUCCCCACCUGAGAGCACCAACAGCAAGGCGGAUGCACCUCAGGAUGAGGUGUCCCUGUCUGAGCAGAGCGGCUACGAGAGCAUGCCAGAGGCUGCUGCACAGGAGGGAGCCGAGGUUGCCAGCUCUGGCGGGGUGGCCAAGAGGGAGAUUGCCUGCCCACCUGGCAGCCGCACAGACACUCCAUUCUCAGAGAGCGAGGGACAGUUGCAUCCACCAUUGAAAGAGGGACGGCAGCCUUCUCCGGAGGCAAUGCUCCUGCCCCAUGCCACCAAGGCUAUCCAAGCGGAACGCCAUCUCAUCCCCAUGGUGGGGCCAGUGGAGCACCCAGUUGAUGAAGACCUAACCACCACGUAUGUGGAAAAAGCCAAGCAGGCCA